AUAAAAUGUCAUUUCUUGGAAAAGUUGAUACCUUAGGACCCAUGCUGUUGAGAGCACUGAUGUUGUUUUUCAUUGACCAAAUUUUCAAAAUUCAAGUGAAUUACCCAGAGCUCAAAAAUGAUGUUGGUCAGAUCAUGACACACAACAUAUACGAACCUCUUUGGUAUAGGAUGCUCCUUGUAUACCUAUUUAGGUUGGAGAUACUUGCCAUAGUGUGCCUAGCAACAGGAUUUAUGUUGACCACAAGCUCCAAACAUUUGAUCAGUGCUUACGCGGUUUUGAGUGUCGGCGUCCUUUUUAGUUGGAUUUUUGAGAUCGUUAAUCCAAAGCCGAAUAUUGGAUGUUGCAAAAAUGAAACUAUUCACCUGCUGCAUAAUAUCCUUGCUCUCAACUUCGAGAAAUUAUUUACACAAAAGUUAUAUAUUUCUUGGUUAUUCUCAUUGGAGAUUUAUAUUAUUCACAUUCGGCAAAUGUAACAUUCAUUCUUUAGAGAAACUUCAUCGAAGGUACAUAUAUGUUAAUCAAGAGAAAAUGGCUUUCCAAAGAAGAAUUAGUGAACUUGAAGUAGUAAUGUUGAGGAUACCGCUGUUUUUUGUCAUCGACGAGAUUUUGAAAAUUGGACUGUCCACAGCAGAAAUCAAAAAUUAUUUUCAUAAUCUCAUAACUCCCAGUAUAUUACAUGAAGAACUACUGUAUAAGAUAUUCCUGGUUCAAGUAUUGCGGUUGAUGGUCAUUGCACUAGGUUGCCUAGCAUUAUUUGUAUACAACCGCAGCAUCCACCAUCUGAUAGCUGCUUGCACCUUAACCGUUAUGUUAAUCCUAACCCAAUGGACGGAAUCGAAUAAGGAAAGUGGCGUCAAUGGGUAUCUUCUAAAUGAUACAGUUUCUCAGAAUUUUGAAGAACCAUUUGCGCCUAAAGUAUACAUCGUAAAUCUUAAGCGUACCUACUUUUUACAAGCACUUUUACUGGUAAUUCUUAUUAACAUUUACUCCACACCAAAGAACCCAGUUAUGAAAAAACUACUUUCGUUGACUUUUCUCAUACCACUGGGAUUAACUUUUUCAACACCGGCAUUUUUGCUGAAUUGCGCUCCAAUUUUGGUGGUUCUCUUACAUUUAUCACUGAUGAAAUGUCUUGUAUACCUUGUUCCUGCAGUUUGGUAUUUUGGAUUGAAUUUUCUCAGCAUUACAAUGUUAGAUUCUCAAUUGUUAUGGUUGAGAAAGUUGAAAAUUUCUUAUGUAUUGAACACUUUCUGGAUACUGACGGUACUUGAGCAAAUAGGAGUUUUCUACUUGUCUGGUCAAUGGGAUGAAAGACCUGAAAAUUCAGCGUACUUCACAUUUCUUAAAUAUGUAAUGACCACAGGAUGUGGAUCCUUUAUUGCUGUUCUGGGAAUGGCUCACAUAGUUGCCUGCAUCUGCAAGUACAUUGCAAAAUUUAUACAGUGGAUUUUAGUAACUAACAGAGAUCAUACCAGAGAUAUUAUGUUCAUCGCAUUUGCAAAAUUCUUUUUUUUAGCCCUCCAGUAUGGAAUAAUAUUUUCCAAACCUGAGAUGAGAAUUAUGAUAUUGUUCAGAAAUGUAUGUUAUCUCUAUGCAUCUCUCCAUCGUUCCAUACAUCUGAUGGUUCAUCCUUCAUUAAUGAGUCGUUCUGAUAAUCUCAUGAAACACGUAGGCCCCUUAUCGGUUAGCGGAAUUGUUCUUUUAUUGGAUUUCAUGUUCGUAUAUUUCAUCUGGAGAACUCAAGAAAUUGGUACAUUCCUUUUAGAUGUAACUGCGGUCUGCUCCAUCGCCAUCAUUAAAUUUUGGGUGUCUUUAACAUUAUACACUCUUUUGAUACUCAGUGAGAAGAGGCAAUAUUUCUGGGAACACAUUGAGGACUAUAUUUAUUAUGUGAUUACUUUCGACAAUAUUCUUGAACUUUGUAUAGGAAUAUUCUUAUUUUUCAAUAGAGCUUUCAUUCUCUUUUUCGAAAUGUUCAGCGUAAUUGGAAUUGUCAGGCUACUUCACCAAGUCUAUUUCAACGUAUGGUUUAAAUAUAAAGAAAUCUGCUCUGACUUCAGAAAACAUCAGACAUUAGUCUAUAAAUUAAAUGGUUUGUCAGGAGCUUCUAGUCACCAGUUGCGAGAAUUGGAUGAUGUCUGUGCCAUUUGUUACCAGAAGAUGCUGUCCGCCAAAGUAACUAAAUGCGGGCACAUUUUCCAUGGAAUUUGUCUGAGAAAUUGGCUGGAUCUUGAGAACCGUUGCCCACUUUGCAAUAAAACUGUUAUAUGAUACCUUUUGGUUUAUAUGAACCUCAUAGACGAUACAGUCGUCUUGGGAACUGCGCUAUGUACAUCCCUGAGUAAAGGUGUGCAUUAUCACCUUCUUACUGACCCGCGUUGCAAAAUAUUUUGGGGUGAUUCUUGGCGCGUGGGGUUAGAAGUUAUGGAGUCAUAGAUAUUUGAGAAAAAUGUCCGAUUUCAAGGUUCUCCAGUGAAAUAUGAAUAUGGUAAUUUGUUGAGUAAUUGUUUUUCGGCUAUGAUGUAGAAGCAUUCGUUAUAUUUUGUGAAGACUUGAUUGACAUUGAUUACAAUAUUUCUCUAUGUGAAAUAUGAUUAUUCUAUUAUUAAUUUUUGUACAAGUUGUAAUGUCAGUAGAAAUAAAAA